AUGUUAUAAGAAGGUAUUACCUAAACAAAAGAAACCUAAUAAAUAGAACUCUUUGUAAGUUGUAGAAAAUUAGAUGAUCAUGUAAUGACCGUUUACGAUUCAUUUGUUAUACUCUAUAAAAAGAACAAUAAUUGUUGUAUGAAUUUGAUAUAAUUGAAUAAGGGAUCAAAAUAGAUUAAACUGAAAUAAUUUAGAAUAAUUAGAAUCCAAAUUUUGUCAAGACAUUCUUGUUUAAUUAUUAUUUCUAAGUCUAGUAAUAUGUAAAAAUGGAAGUUCAUAAUUAUAUAAGUUCAACAUAAACAUAAGUAUUAAUUUAAACUAUUAUAGAUUAUUGGUUAAAUAGAAACAACAAUGGCAGAAGUAAUAGGAUCUAAAAACUAAUUAUAUAAAGCUAAUAUAUACAAUUAAAAUGGUAGGAAAAGUGGAUAAAUUAUCUUAAAAGCUGAUCAGGUAAAAUAAUGUAAUGAAGAAUUUUGUAUUUCAUUAUCAGGAUUUAAGAUAAAAGGUAUCAAAUUAUGGUUUUGGGAUAAAAUUUAACCAUUUCUUAGAUUUUAUAGACUAAAACAUAAUGUUGAUAUACCUAUUUUAGUUUAUGAAACAGAAUUUGUAAAAGAUAUGUCUUAUAUUUAAUGGAAAGAUAUAUAAUGUUAAGCUUAAAAGUUAUGUAAUGGAAAUUAUUUAAUGUAAAUAAAAGUUGAAUUAUGGAAUUAUAAAGCUUCAGGUAAGCACAAAUAUAUUGGAGAAACUUCUUUUUGUAUUAAUGAAUUAAUAGAAUCAAAUAAAUUGAAGAAAAUAUUAUAAAAAGAAUUCUUAUCUAAAUUUUAAAUGAUUAAAUCUUCAGGAAUUCUUUAAUUUGAUAGAUUUUUAAUAAAAUCUAAUUAUACUUUUUUAGAUUAUUGUGCUGGAGGUUAAUAGAUUAGUAUAAUGCUUUCUAUAGAUUUUACAGCAUCAAAUGAAAAUUCUCAUAAUCCUAAUUCACUUCAUCAUCUACCUUCGAAUGGUUCACCUAGUCAAUAUUUAUAAGCAAUUAUUAGUGUUGUUGAAAUAUUAAUACAUUAUGAUCAUGAUAAAAGAGUUCCUCUAUAUGGUUUUGGAUGUAAACCAAAAAUGAAUUAUUAUAACACAAAUUAAACAUUACAUCUCUUUCCUUUAAAUGAUAAUCCUAAUGAUCCAGAGUAAGAAUUAUAUAUAAUUUUAAGAGUAUAUGGAUUACAUGGUAUUGUGGAAUGCUAUAAAAAUUCAUUGCAUAAAUUACAUUUUGAUGGUCCAACAUAUUUACAUCCAACACUAUAAAAAGCAAUGGAAAUGGCAUAAAAAUGUAAAGAUUAAGGAAGUGAAAACUAUCAUGUAUUAUUGAUUUUAACUGAUGGACAAACUGAUGAUAUGUUAGAAUCAAUAGAUGAUAUAAUAGCUUCAUCUUAUUUACCAUUAUCUAUAAUUAUUAUUGGUAUAGGGGAUGCUAAUUUUAAAAAUAUGAAGAUUUUAGAUAAUAAUAACAAAACUAUGGUAGAUAGUAAAGGGAAUAGAGCUAUUAGAGAUUUAGUUUAAUUUGUUCCUUAUAAUUAAUUUAAAAGUGAUCCAACUCAACUAUCAAAAAAAGUAUUAGAAGAAUUACCUAUAUAAUUAGUAGAAUAUAUGAAAUUAGUUGAUAUUCGUCCCAAGCCUCCAAUAGGUAUACUUAAAUAUAUUAUAAUUAGUUUCUCCAUAUUAAUUAUCUAAUUAGGAAAUUGAAUAAAGUCCUAUUUAAUUAAAAUAUGAAAAAGAAAAUACUUUACAAUAAUAGUAACAAGAAUCAGAAAUUUUAAAUAAUAGAUUGAAUAUUUAAGAUUAAUUAUUUAAAAAUAAUACUAUUACAAUAGAAUGUAAAUAAAAUUACUUAUUAAAUGAAUAUAAUUAGUAAUAAUUAUAAUGA